CUUAUGAAAGAGCCCGUUCUUCAUUUUGGAAACAAAUAAUUUCACCAUUGUUUUUCAAUUGAAGCCUCCCUACGAGGCUAAUAUCCAACACUACCCUUGUAAUGUUGUAGCUUUUCGUCUUUAACACGUGUUCUGUGAUUUUUUUGAAAUUAUGAAUGAGUUUAUACAGCUUCCCAUUUCCCUUCUGUGAAUCUUGUUUGUAUCAUACAGCCUCCCUGUGUCCUGUGAGUGCAAGCAUCAGUGUUACAUGUCUGGACAUGUCUGCAGCAUUUGUAAAAGCUCACUCCAGCUCCAGGGAUUGUAUGGUGAGGAUGCAGAGGAGCAGAGUGAGGGGAACGAUGCUUGGAUAAUUGUUUGUGGACCUGUAAGAGUUUCAAGGUCUGCGGUCCAGGUUGAAGACGCGCUCUGCUUGUUUUGCCUGUUGAGGAGCAGAUAGACGCUGGCCUGAUGAUGAUUCCUGUGGACAUCGUGGAGGAGGCGGAUCAGUCAGAGAUGAUUCCUCAUGAAGUCUUUAAAGCUCAUUCUUUGAGCUGGAGUGACUCCAUCUUCUCUGGUUUGAGAUCUGGAACUGUCUACCAGUGAACACAAAGGGAACCAGAACCACACAGCAUCUAGAAAAGCUGGCCUCUCGACACAACCAUCUAAUCAAGGACAGAAAGUGUGAGACAGACACAACCAGAAGAGCUUAGAAGCACUAUCUGGGGAUAUUGAAAUCCCACUAGUACAAUGAAGUCAAACCAGGAGCGGAGUAAUGGAUGCUUGCCUCCUAAGAAGCGGGAGAUUCUGGCUCUGGAGCAGAGGCCGGUGGCAGUAGCUGCAGCAGCACCUCCAGUUGGAGUCAUAGCUGACAGUCCCCAUACGGAGAACCUAGCAUGGCUGGCGAGUGUAGCGAGUGAACGCUGCAAAUCAAGGGACGCAGAGAGCCCAAGAUGUUCCAUAUCCUCCACUUCAUCCUCAUCUCCUUCAACCUCUAUCUCCUCUUCAGCUGCUCCUCUGUCUGCGAUGCCUCUGGCCUCACUGCCUGCAGUUUACCCAACAGCCCUUCCCCAGCAGGCUGGGACUAUUCAGUUUGCUCAGCUGGGACCCAACGUUCAGUUCAUUAGCUCUGGGCCCUAUGCAGGUUACAUCUCCUCCCACAUCAUCUCCACAAAUUCUAACUCUGCAUCAAACAGCUCUGCUAUAGGACAUCGUUCCCACCUGGAUGGUUACACCACAGCCCUGAUCUCCCCCAACACCAAAGGGGAGCAGCAGUUUCAAAUAGCUGUCUCGCCAACAGAACUGACUCCUGUGUCACUUCCAAGCUCUCCCCAAGUCACUGGCCAGUACAUCCAUCUGGACAGCAGAGCUUCACUGACUGUCAGCGGAAACACAGUCACUUCACCCACAACCCACCUCCAGAUACACCCUCACACAGCCGUCCUUCCUCAAACACUCACCCUGGCUCCUUCACAGCUGUUGGUUCAGUAUGCAGAUGGUACAGUUGGAAAGAAAGUAGACGGACAUGCUAAGGGUGUGCUGAAUGGGGAAUUAGAGGUGGUCAGGCACACUAAAGCGCACCAUCAGACACUGAACCAUCAGCAGGUCCAGAGCUAUGAGGCCAGACAUAUUCUCUUGCCUGCAGACUAUGCCCAAAACCCUGCAGGACUCCAGACCUCUUUGGUGCUUGUUGCCCAGCCAAACCAUGGAGCUGAACGGGAUGCUGGCUCAAAUAAGAUCUCCUUGGUCCAGACUGAGAAAGGAGGCAUCUGUUUGGGGAAACCAGUGUCCAGAUCUUCUUCAUUUACCUCCCUCUCUUCAUCAGACAUGGUUAAGUCUGUUGCUCCUCAUGCAGUAAUCCAGACAACUCUACCUUCUGAGGAGCUGCCAGCCAGCCUCUACUCCUCCACACAGCCACCCAUCAUUGGUUAUAUCACCAACACAAAUCAGCAUGCCGUCAGUUACCAUGCAACACUUCCCCAGCACCUGGUCAUCCCUAGUGGACAGUCCCUGCUCAUCCCAGUCAGUGGCACAAACAAUGGCACAGAAGUUGAGGUCAGCCGCUCUGUCAGCGCACUGACUGCCACCACUACCCCUCAAAUAUCCACCGCCAUGCCGCAUGCCUAUCUGGCCACAGCCCUGUCCAAGUGUGAGGCACUUGGGCCAGAUGGAAACCAACCUCCCCCUGCUGUCGCACAGGCACCGGCACUGCCGAUCCCGCCCUCAAACCCAACUCCUGCUGUGGUGGCAGCUCCCUCCCCAACACCCGCUCCUGUCCCUGCUCCCACCCCAGUUUCCAUCCAAGCUUCCCCCUCCAUCUCCUCCUCCUCCUCCCCUGUGGCGCUCCCUCCAUUCUUCAUGCGAGGCUCCAUCAUCCAGCUGGCUGACGGGGAGCUGAAGCGAGUGGAGGAUCUCAAGACAGAGGAUUUCAUUCAGAGUGCUGAAAUUAGCAGUGAGCUGAAGAUUGACUCCAGCACUGUGGAACGCAUUGACAGUGGGCAGAGUCCUAAUGCUGUGGUCAUUCAGUUUUCUGUGGGAGAGCUCAAAGCUCAGGUGUGUGUGGAGGUGCUAGUGGAGUAUCCUUUCUUCGUAUUUGGCCAGGGCUGGUCAUCCUGCUGCCCAGACAGGACCACCCAGCUGUUUGAGCUGUCCUGUGCUAAGCUGUGUGUGGGGGAUGUGUGCGUGUCCCUGACCCUGCGUGGCUUGAGGAACGGCUCAGUGACUGACGGCCAGUCCUUUGGGACCAAGAUGAAGACCGGCCACCUCUCUGACUCCUGUCAAAACGUGGAUGUCACUGUAAGAAACAGUGUGAAUCUGAGCGCUGCAGGCAGUAACAGCGGCCUCCUCAUGAAGGCCAACAGUGCAGACAGACUGGAGAGAGAGCAAGUUACUGGACGAGGACUGGGUUCAGAGCUACCACACGGAUUGGGAUUAGUUGCUGGACAAGGGGAGGGGAUCUACGGGAGUGGACCACUAAUGGCGGUCUCUGGGACUAGAGAAGUAAAGCAGGAAUCAGUGAAAACAGACAUGGCUGCUCUUACCAAAACACAAUGUGGUGAUCCAGAGAGACCCGCAUCCCGAAAGAGACGCUGGUCAGCUCCAGAGCGAGACCAGACUGAGAGAGCUGAGGAGGAGCCUCCUCUGACUCUGCCCAAACCCUCCUUCAUCCCUCAGGAGGUAAAAAUAAGCAUCGAGGGACACUCAAGAGCUGGGAGUGAAAGGUGCUUGAACAGAAGAAUAGACUGUUGAGAGAGAAAUUAUUUGAUGACCUGUGGUUUGCUUUGUGUUUAUCCUCUCUCUUUUCUCUCUAUCCAGACAAAUGUAAUAUAGGAGUGUAUUCAUUAUUUACAUGUUUUCUUUUCUUAUACAAAAGUCUGAUGUCUACGAUGAAGUACAGUAGAGCACCUUCAUAUGUGGUAUCACACACGAGAUCAGUGCAAUCAAUACUGAAAGCAAAAAUGAAUGCAGCGUGAAUGUUGAGUACGAGUGGCAGUCAGACACCUGAUAGACAUUUGACCUGCGUGUCACAUAUCAUAAGCCUAAACCUGUUGGAAUGCAGACCAGCCCACCAUUCCUGUUAUCACAUCAACAAGCACAUGCCCAGAUGUCACAGUGUAUUUAGUGGGGUAACCAUAUUUGAACUCUCAUCGCAUUUGUUUGGCUUGCAGUGACAUUUAUAAGAGGUUGAGUCAAAGAGAGCUGUGUUGUAUCAGAAUUGCUCAGUCAUCAUGGAUGUUAUCCUGCUGCCUUAUGUACCAAUUACUUUGGGUGUAUAAUAUUACUUUUUUACAUUUCCGACCAUUACAGAUGUGUGUGCUACAGCAGAUGACUCUGUGCCACUUUUCUUCAUGUGUGUGUGAGUGUGUGUGUGUGUGUUUUCUGUCAGACAGAGGAUAAAGGUGUGUUUGUAGUUGUGACCUCAUUUGUCAAUACAGCCUUCAUAUAUCAAGACUGAAAAGGCCUGAAUGUAAAUCCACAAAUCCCCCCCUCCCUGCUGAUUCAUGAAGUCAUACAUGUGCUUUCUGAUGGAUCACAUCACUUCCUGUUGGGCUGAAAAAUAUUUGAUAGAAGUGACUUUGUUGUCAAACUUGGCUUUAAUUGAUUUCCAAGGCCACUUUGGGGCAGUACAGCAAGCUAUAAUACACACAAAACUGACAGAUACAGCAGUCUACUCCUCAAAAAAAACAACAUUAACACAGGAGAAAUAGAGACACAUGAACAUUAAUUCAUUUGAAUGCCAAGUUCUCAACCAUAGUAACCCUUUAUUUAAAUAAAUAAUAAAUAAUGAAUCCUAUUUAUAAUAAAUCCUUAUCAUUGUCUUAAGCAGGGAUGUUCCAAAGCAGCUAAUUUCCACGUUGUUAAAAUAGACAUUUAAAUUCUGAUAAGCCUUAAUGUUAGAAAACCCUCAGAAAACAAUCAAAAUUGAGCACAAUUAAUAACACAGCUACACAUGGAAUCACAGUCUGCCGGUCAACCAUGUUACAUUGGUUUGCUUAGUGUAGCUGUCUGUGCAGGUUACACAUUGCUCCGUUCUCUGGUGAUAACAUGCCAGUCUAACUGUGCAGCGACAUACCAUUUGUGCUUGUUUACAUUUAGGUAAUAGAGCAUUAUGGCACUAUGACAGCAGCUAUUAAACAGUGCUACAGCCCUGACUGGAGAUGGAUGGCUGCAAUACAGCUUAGACACAACAUAUGAGUGGCAUUUUGGAUCUGCUGUAAUGAAAAUAUGAAUAAUUACUUGAACUGACUGGUAAUUCUGGUGCCAACUAGCGAUGGAGACGACAUUGAAUAGUUUAGCCGACUUAAUGUGGACAUCCUUUGUCUUUAAAGUCAAUGUUGGUGCUGGUCAUGUACUGUAGCUUAUGAAUAGGUUUACAAGGGCAUUUUCCUCCAAAAACAUCUUACUGCAUCAUACUGCACCAAAAAAUGACCUAGACAAAAGCGGAGGUAUAGAAGAGUCAUUGCACAAAAAAAAAUGUCAGCUUAAAGAUGAGAUAUAUGUCAAAAUGCUUUAUCUCCCUCUCAUAUUACACAACAUUCAUGCACAUUUUAAUAUAGAAUAUAAGUUAAAGCAACUUAAAAUGCAAACACAUUAUGAUGACAUCAUGAGAUAUCAAAAACAUGACACAGUAUUUUCCUAUUGGUGUAAAAUUGUACCUACACACUCUAUUGACCCAACCUACUUAGUUUGUUACAGAAAAUAUGGCCUUUAUUAUAUGUAACUAGUUUAUUGACAUGUUUUGGGGGUUUUCUAUCAAACCCUAUUUUCCUCAGAGCUGGUUCUGUUCUGUUGGAUGAAUGCUGUUUGGACUGGGACAGCUUUCUUUCUUUUAGUCUUACAUGUCAUUUCCUUUCUCAGAGUAGAGCCAGAACAAUUACCCUAUUGGCUAGUUCAUACUCAGGAACAGUGUGAAUUGGUAUGCUUGUGUGUUAUUUGUGGUGUGUGUAAGCUUGAGUCGUUGUGUACAUGUCCACAGUCACAUGUGAAUGUGUGUGGUUCUGAGCAGCAGCACUUUGAUGAAGCAUCUAGCAGCAGCAGUGUGUUGGUGUCCUGAGAUUAGAUUUCAAUAGAAAAAAUCAACUGACUGUUUUUCACUGCUUCAUGUCCUGCAGGUUUAUAAUGAGGGGAAACAUAAUGUACCAGGGCAGGGAAUGUAAACACACAUGGGGCAAACUAUCGGAAAUUUAUUUUUGAAGACAGAGCUACUUUAGGGAGAGGGAAAGAGAGACUGGUAGUGUGGAUCAUGUACAGUGAAUUGUAUCCUAGAGAGUGUACAGUGUGUGUAUAGAUAUUUUAACCCUUAUGUAGCCUAUGUACUGUAUGUGCCACAGCGCCUCCUUCUUCAAUCAUUCCAUUGACUCAUCAUUAUGAAGUGGUCCUGCUUUGGUUUUUGUCUGUUCAGGUAUUGAUCUAACGUUCAUGAAUGUGCUACAGUGCUUUGGGAACAUGACAUAAUUUGGCCUCCUCAGAUCUUCUUUGUUUGACUUGCACACUGUAACAUACAGUCUGUGUGAAUAUGAAAUACAGUUUAUCAUGAUAGCCAUUAACCUUUUAUAACUCUGAAAUGUGUUUAUUGUUAACCCAGUAACCAGACUGUUCUCUUCUGUUUGUGUUUGACUGCUCAGGCUUUUAAAAACACUGCCCAGUGACUGUUCUCCUUCAAGAUGAUGUGGUCUUAUAUUCUUCACAGUUACAAAGUACAGUACUGUUUCAUCA